AGUAUGCUCUCCACAAGCCAAUUAAACAUAGUCUCCUUCCAUCAUACAUACUUGACCAUCAGAGAUAUGGCUUCUUCCACCACCAUGGCUUCUUUGGCACUAGCCCUUGUGCUCCUUUUCCUGGGGAGCUCCUCAGCCCAGCUCUCUACCAACUUUUACUCAAAGACCUGCCCAAAUCUCUUCUCCACAGUGCAGCCGGUCAUCCAAUCCGCUAUCUCAAGCGAGAAGCGGAUGGGUGCCUCGAUCCUUCGCCUCUUCUUCCAUGACUGCUUUGUCAAUGGGUGCGAUGGGUCAUUGCUCCUAGAUGACACCUCGAGCUUCACCGGUGAGAAGACCGCAAACCCGAACCGGAACUCCGCCAGGGGCUUCGAUGUCAUCGACAAGAUAAAGGCUGCGGUAGAGAAGGCAUGCCCAGGGGUCGUAUCGUGUGCCGACAUCUUGGCGAUCUCUGCAAGGGACUCUGUGGUCCUUCUUGGUGGGCCUAAUUGGAAUGUGAAGCUGGGGAGAAGGGACGCAAGGACAGCAAGCCUCUCUGGGGCCAACAAUAACAUCCCCCCUCCAACCUCAAGCCUCAGCAAUCUCAUCUCUAAGUUCUCGGCUCAGGGUCUCUCCGCAAACGAAAUGGUUGCGCUCUCUGGUGCGCAUACGAUUGGGCAAGCAAGGUGCACAUCCUUCAGGGCUCGCAUAUACAACGACACCAACAUCGACGGUUCAUUCGAUAAAACACGGCGGUCGAAUUGCCCGAGCACCUCCGGCAAUGGGGACAACAACUUGGCACCUCUAGAUCUCCAGACUCCAACCAGCUUCGACAACGAUUACUUCAAGAACCUUGUCAACCAGAAAGGCUUGCUCCACUCUGACCAACAACUAUUCAACAAAGGCUCCACAGACUCUCUGGUCAGCACUUAUAGCACCAAUCCGAGCAAGUUCAGCUCUGACUUCGUCGCAGCGAUGAUCAAGAUGGGAGACAUCAGCCCUCUCACAGGGUCCCAAGGCGAGAUCAGGAAGAACUGCAGGAAGAUUAAUUAAGGGGAGAGCAUGGGCUUUUCUACGUAACAGUAAUAAACGUCAUGGUUUUUGACUAGGAUACAAUCCGAGGACACGGUAGUGGUGAAGUGUGUCUACAUGUUAUCCUGAGAGUCUCCUUCCCUGUUUCCAGAUGUGGUUUCCGUUCUUGUUUUGCCUUUUUUUUUUCUGGGUUGCUAUGUGAUGGACAUUAACUAAAGUAAUUGUUUUAUUUUGCCUAUUUGUUU